AUGUUGUGUGCCCCGGCGUGGAAAGGCGAGAUGGCCAGAGACAUUUCGGGGGGCUGGACGCCGCUGAGAUGUCCACAGAGCCCGAGCCAGCUCAAAGAAAAGGGAGAUAAUCCUGAAGGAUCAUUCAGCAUCUACAUGUACUAUGACCACACUCAAGACAAGUGUUUUCCAUUCCAGUUCUUUGGAAACGGUGGCAAUAAGAACCGAUUUGAGUCUGAAAAGUCCUGCAUGAGAAACUGCUCAGAAAAUGCAGAAACAUUUUACCCAACUGAUGAGACAAAGGCAUGUCACUUCAAUAAGACAGUCGGAGGUUGUAUGUCAAAGUACCUGCGCUAUUAUUAUGACUCCGUCCAUGACAAAUGCAAGACGUUCUUCUGGACCGGUUGCAACGGGAACGGCAACCGAUUCCUGGACGCUCAGGCCUGCAACAACACGUGCUAUGGGAUCCACGAUGAUGGUGAUUUCGACGAGGAAGAGGAGCUUGACACACCAGUUGCACUGAUUUUGGGAUUGAUCUUGAGUCUCAUUGGAGUUACCAUCAUUGUUGUCUUUACUCUUCUUGCUGUAAAGUCAAGGUGUGAAGCCCCACAUGAGUUCUGUACUCUGCCUCCAGCUGAGGGAACCAGCGCUGACGGAUCAUUCAACAUCUACAUGUACUAUGACCACACCAAAGACAAGUGUUUUCCAUUUCAGUUCUUUGGAAACAUUGGCAAUGAGAACCGAUUUGAGUCUGAAAAGUUCUGCAUGAGAAACUGCUCAGGAAAUGCAGAAAAAUUUUACCCAAUUGAAGAGACAAAGGCAUGUCACUUCAAUAAGACAGUCGGAGGUUGUAUGUCAAAGUACCUGCGCUAUUAUUAUGACUCCGUCCAUGACAAAUGCAAGACGUUCUUCUGGACCGGUUGCAACGGGAACGGCAACCGAUUCCUGGACGCUCAGGCCUGCAACAACACGUGCUAUGGGAUCCACGAUGAUGGUGAUUUCGAAGAGGAAGAGGAGUAUGACACACCAGUUGCACUAAUUUUGGGAGUGGUCUUUGGUCUCAUUGGAGGUGUCAUUCUUGUUGCCGUUAUUGUUCUUGCUGUAAAGCAAGGCAAAGAAAAAGGUGAAAAGAGGACAAAGAAAGAAGAGGUGCCGAUGGCUGGUACCAAUGCCAGUGCCUAAAGAACAGCAAGACUCUCAGAACUAAACUUGUCCAGGAUUUUUUAAGGCUACCAUUUGAACUGAGCUCAGGGUUAGUGAUUAUACACUACUUGUGUAUACACAACAUUAUGUUAGUUUGGUUUAAUUCAGCUUGUUUUGUUUUGUGUGUAAUGUGUGUCUUUAAUGAUGCAUGUGUGAAACCCUUGACAGUUUUGUUCAGAAAUAAUGAACAUUUUGAGUGUUCUAUUGCCUGAAUACACUUGUGUGAUUUUUUAUUAAAUAAAACCAGAAACUGAA